UAGCAGUGCCCCCUGCUCCGCAUUCCGAUCCACAGAGACGCGACCGGCCCAAGCAUGUUGCGCGGCCCGGCCCAUCCCAUGCCGGCGACCGCCGUAGCCGCGGCCGCCGGCGGGCAGCCGCUGGUGGUGACGCUCAACUGCCUCGAGGACCCGUCGGUGGAGCGGGACGCGCUGGCCGGCGGGGCGGCCGUGGAGCACGUGCCGCUCUCCACGCUCUCCUCGGGGCACGUCGAGGCCGCGGCCGCCGUGCUCCUUACCUCGCUCGCCUUCCUCCCGCGCGCCGCGCAGCGUCGCCUCCGGCCCUGGCAGCUACUGCUCUGCCUGGGAUCCCCCGACCGCGCCGCGGACGCCGCCGCCGCGGCCGAGCUCGGCCUCCGCCUCGUCCACGUCGACGCCAACCGCGCCGAUGAGGUCGCCGACACCGUCAUGGCGCUCUUCCUCGGCCUGCUCCGCCGCACCCACCUGCUGUCCGGACACGCGUCCUCCUCCACACCGUCCGCCGGCUGGCUCGGCUCAGUCCAGCCGCUGUGCCGCGGCAUGCGGCGCUGCCGGGGGCUCGUGCUUGGCAUCGUCGGCGUCAACGCCGCUGCGCGGUGCCUCGCCUCCCGCAGCCUCGCCUUCAGCAUGAGCGUGCUCUACUUCGAUCCGCUCUACCAGGCUUCUGGCAAAACAAAGCGGCCUUCUAUUGUACUUCCUUCUGAUGCCAGAAGAAUGGAUACUCUCAAUGAUUUAUUGGCAGCAAGUGACCUUGUUUCACUCCAUUGUGCGUUAACAAGUGAUACAACAAACAUACUUAGCGCUGAGCGCCUGCAGCACAUAAAACCUGGGGCUUUUAUAGUCAAUACGAGUAGCUGCCAGCUGAUAGAUGACUGUGCACUGAAACAGCUUUUGCUUGAUGGCACUAUAGCUGGAUGUGCAUUGGAUGGUGCUGAAGGUCCCCAAUGGAUGGAAGCAUGGGUACACGAAAUGCCAAAUGUAUUAAUUCUUCCUCGAAGUGCUGACUACAGUGAAGAGGUGUGGAUGGAAAUCAGAGAGAAAGCAAUCGAGAUCUUACAAGCCUUAUUCUUUGAGGGCAUUCCUCCAACCAAUGCUAUUUAUGAUGGAGAUGAAGAAAUAAGUGAAGUUGGAUGUGAAGAUGCAAAUGAGCAGUCUUCUCAGGUCUUUGAUGGUCAACAGCAGACAGAUGAAAGCCAGUUAACUCCAGAAUGUGACAAGAGAAGAGCAAUCUCGCAGCCUGAAGAGCCUGAACCUUCAGGGCAAUCUCAAAAUAUUGGCUCCAGGUCAGAAGGAAGGCGCAGUCGAUCUGGAAAGAAAGGGAAAAAGAGACCUGCUCGCCGCAGAUCAGAACAGAAAAUGGACGAAUUGUCAACUGUGGAGAGUGGAAGUAAUUAUUCCUCACGUAGAGAUGAUGAUACUGCAAUGAGUGGCAGGGAUCAAGCGUUAAGUUCCAGUUCACGAUUUGCUUCCCCCGAGGACUCCAAAAAUAAGCACAAGUCUUCUACAGAAUCUCCAAUGGAAAUAAUUUCUGAAAAUAAGUUGCCUGUGGGGCUUGGUAGCAAGCUUCCUGAGAAGCUGAAAGAUGGCUUUGUUGUUGCACUAAGGACAAAAGAUAAUUCAGGGUUUCAUGUUUCAAGAGAAAGGGUUGCUGGUGGUGGCUGGCAUCUUGAUGUUGUGUCAAAUGCUACAAAGAGGGAUCCUGGUGCUCAGUUCCUGGUCACUUUUAGAAACAAGGAUACUAUGGGAUUGCAAUCUUUUGUUGCUGGGGGCAGACUACUGCAGGUUAAUAAGAAGAUGGAUCUCAUUUUUGCCAGUCAUGCUUUUGAUGUUUGGGAGAGCUGGACCCUAGAAGGGUCCUUACUGGAGUGCUGCAAGCUGGUCAACCGCAGAAAUCCUUUGGCUGUACUGGAGGUCUACAUUGAGAUCCUCGCAGCUGUGAGUGAAGAAGAUGGCGUCACCAGGUGGCUGGAUUGAUCAAUGAUCCAUCUAUUUGAGGAGAACCGAAUCAACUGACUCUGUGUUGUUUUGUGGCAAGUGUGUUGACAUUUCUAUUGCAGAGACCUUGCAGAGCCACACUGAACUGUUUCAUGGUUUUGCUGCUGUAGCCUGUAUCAGUAUCAGUAUUCAGUGUCAGUAACACGCUUACUAUUUCCAAUGGAUAAUCUAGUCUAGUGGAGUAUUUGACACUCUGAUC